CUCGUGCGCUUCUCGUUGCUUCUCGUUGUUGUGGUAACGACGUCCAUCUCUCUCACAUACAAGCACUAUUUAUUUAUUUUUUUUAGUUCGGUUUAAUUAUAUUUGUAAAGAUUUUCAGACGAUUUUCGAUGUUAGGGUCAUAAUGGCACCAAAUCGGCCACCGGUGAGCAAGUCACAUGACCACCGAUCUCAACACAAGCCCAAAGAAUUCUUUUAUGAUUCAAGGAGCAAGAGCAAUGACACACACGUCAUCAUCGUCAUCACUGAUGAAACGUUGUGACAUCAAGAAAAGGCUCCAAACGGGUCCCGGGCGUUUUUCUGUCUGUUGGCUCGUCCUGGUGUGUGUGAUCCCCAGUGUGAGGUUGUGCCUGCAGUGUGACCUCGCCGUCCGCCACAUGCACGAGGACUUCAUGGCUUCAAAGCACGAAGUGACUGUACAAGAGCAGAUGGAUCUGACGAAAAUCAUCGAUCAUGCCUACAUCACCUACCAGGACACCAGCACGCAGCUCUCCGGGGUCAUCGAUCUUACUACUUUGUACCGAGCACAAACUGAGUAUGAGAGCGAGUUCAGGAGACACUGGCAGGAGUUGAGCACCGGUUCUAUCCAGUGGGAUAUGAUAAGGAUCCUGGAGAAAGGGAAAAGUAUCUUGAAGAAGCAUCUAGAAGUUUUCGUUGCUGAAGGACUGUGUCCAAAUAAAUGCGGUUUACUCUUUCAGAGUGUAAUGAACUGCUCUUCCUGCCAGUAUGGGCUGCACAUAUGUCAAUCUGAUACACCCCCUAAGGAUUGCGGAGAGCAUAAGUUGGUGGCACAUGAAGGCGAGCAGACGGUGUUGGAUUGUUUUCUCCCGUGGCACAGUUUGGUAGUAGGCCAUGCUAAGUAUCAAUACUCAUGGAAACGGGGAGCCACAAAUUUUUCAGCCAAGGACGAGUUUGAGGUUCUGGUGGUGACGAAGGACUCCAAAAUCGUCCUGAACCAGCUGAGUGUGAGCGAGCAGGGAGUGUAUCGCUGCAUCCUGCUGGAUCAACACGGCACUACACUCUCACACACACACUUCAUCCUCACCGUCAUCCCCAUGCCUACUUCACCGCCGAAACAGAUCCCUACACUUCCUUCCGUCCCUGAUGUCGAUGUGAGACAUGUCCAGCCCCCCAAGGACAUUCUGAUCAUUGCUGUCGCUUUUCUCACAGUCCUGAGCUUGUUUGGCAGCCUGGCCGUCGUUAUGCAUCUCGGGAUGGCGUUGAGACGGCAGAGGAAAGCCGAAGCGGAAGAAAGAGUAGAGAACCCAAGAUGGAGGAGAAGAGACUAAUGAAGAGGAUUCUACAUAAUAUGUGAAAAAAGGCAAGAAAAGACACAAGCAGUAAAGAUUUUCAGCGUUUACUCUUUUUAUUAAAAUUUCCUCCCUUCGUUCUAUCAUUGCAGAUUUUAUAGCACAGAUAUAGAACAAAAUUUGAAAUCCCUGAAAUAUUUCAUUGUUAUUUUAUGAUCGAAGCAAACAAUAUUGAUGCUGAAAUAAAUAUUUGUAAAAUAGCAGGAAAGUCAUAUUUACUUUUAAGUUUUAACUAAAGAAUAAAACACUUGAGGCUUGUGUUGUUAUAAUAAAAUAAGCACCGACAGGGUGGUGAUGCGGCCCGACACCAAACAGGGUCACUGUGAAGUGUUCUAUUCUAUGUUUAUGUUCUAUGUUCUCUGUUUUAUUUUAUUUGCCCAAGUUGUUGAAGACAAAGUUUGCAGCAUCGUAACAUAAUCUUUUCUGAAGAUGUCCCAGUGGACUGUUACAAAAGCGCUGACACUGGAGACUCCUUCCAUAAACGUUACAUAAACGACUCCUUACAGAAAAUCAACAAUUACAUUACACGUUUACUUUUUUUUUUUUUAAACAGCAACACAUUCUAAUCUGUUUAGUAUUAACCUUAGAUUUUGUAUAACAUGAAUGAACACAUUCUGACCAAUCAGAUUUGGAGAAUGACAUAAAGUGCCCUCCAUUAAUAUUGUCACCCCAACUCGAGCGUCUUCAGUGUGCCAGACACUACUGGAACUUCAAACGGGAUCGGGUUCUACGGUCAGAUGAAACCAAAAUAGAGCUUUCUGGUAAUAAACACCAGAGGUGGUUUCGGAGCACACAGAGAGGUAGCCGUAUGGAGAAGUGCCUCAUGCCCACGGUUAAAUAUGGAGGUGAAUUGAAAAAGAAAACAUGGCACACCAAACACGUCGGGUUUGAAAUUGCUUUAAAUACACUUUCUCAUAUCUUUAAAAAGUAAACAACCUGUAGCAUGUUCCAAAACACAUGAAGCACAUGGCUAUUUUAUAUUUGUGGCAUUUAUUCUAACAUACAUAGACAAUAUUAAAAAAUGUUUUCCCCUCACACCAUUAAUCAGAAUAAGUGAAAAACACUGGCUGAUGUUUUUGGAUUCACGUGCCAGGGAGUGAGUAGAAGGAACUGGAGGGUAAAUUUGGUACAUUAGGUUUUUUUAAAAAAAAUUUUAGAAUUAGGAUUCCCAGGCCCCUGGUUAA